GUUAAUUCGAGAGAAUCGAAAAUCGUGUCGCGUUUCAGCGAAAUUUGACCAUAACACUGGCUUUUUGUUUCUAACGUGGAUUGAAAAUUGCAAUGGUGAAGCGAAGUAUUGGUGUUGGUUAAAAGGAAGGCUGGUUUCGCUUGUAUGACUUCAGCGCCUGACCGGUAUCAUUGUUACAACACACAAAUGCUCUAUGUUGGAAUUCACACAACAUGCUUACGGCUUUCGGACACAUGUUUUCAUUUUGGGGCUCCUUGCAGUAUGCACCGUAUGCCACGAGGCCAACGAUCUCCAGUCGAACUCGUGCACGGGAGAGCAAUCGACCGCAAAAAGGAACUCGUUUAAUUUCCGCAAGUUUGGAAACGUGACGGGUUUAGAGGACUGUGUGGAUAUAUGUUGUAGAGAUGAUGCGUGCGAACUGGCGAUACUUUCGCGCGGUUUUCAUUGUUAUGGUGUUUCAUGCGACAAGCCGAAACUUUGCCACAAGAUACUGGACAAAUUGUUAAUGGAAGAUGAAAGACAGCUGCAGCGAAACCCAAGAAAUGCAGGAACAACAGACUUUAUCAGGCACACGUCACAAGUCACCAACCCGAGGUGUCCAAAACGCUUUGUACCCAGCUUUCAUGUCCUUCUCCUCCCUGCCAGAACAACUCGCGAGUUUUACAAAUUUUCUCAGCAGUCGGAAGAUGAAGGCCAAUGCAAUACGCAGUGCUGUAGAUCACGUGAAUGCUUGCUCUCUUUCAUCGAAGAUGAAGAGUGUUAUGGCGUUACUGGUGUACCAGCUGAUAGCAACAGCACAAAUAGUACACGAGAACCUACGCUUGGUUUAGAAAUCGCUAUUAUUGAUCGAAAUAAAGAGAUUUCUAGAAGCUUGGAUGAUGGAGAUGAAGAUCCAGAUGAUAUAGGUUCCGACGACAGCGAUAUAAAGUCGUCAGAUACAAAACUGCCUAGGCUUCGGCCAACUGAAGUCAACGGCAACCUACAAACGUCACAGGUUGGCAAAAUAUUUUCAAAUACAAAAAAAACAAUCGCAAAAGCCAAGGAGAGUGUAUUCUCAAAGAGGAUACCGACAAUGGGACCUACAAAACAUGAGGCACAGCCCACUGCUAUGGGGCAUGAACAAAAUCUAUCAAAUCAAUCAAGAACUAAGCAUCCCAAAUUUCCUACUACUAAGGAUAUUAAGACAAAAGGUGUACCAUUUCAUUUCAAAGGCGUUGCAAGUAGAAGGACUCCUUCAGGGACUCCUUCAUUUUCCAAAAACAGAGCAUUCAAAAUAUAUUCCAACAACAAAAGUUUGACGAAACACUUAAGCUCAACACUCGCGCAAAGGGUGAGCCCCUCUAAAGGUGGAAAAUUUACAAAAAUAAAGCCAACAGUAAAAGUUUGGAAGGCUGCUGAAACCAGACGAGGAACUCAAAGUAUAGAAACUGGUGAAAACCCUAAAGGAAAGCAUUAUGUCAAAAAUCUGAAGCUAAUUACAAGGACAACUACUGCGAUGAAACCCAGCAGGAAAAGUUCAAAGGUAUCACGAAUAAGCGAUAGAGGUUUUGAAAUUGGUACGAAAAGGCUCGAUACUCAUCACAAGGGGUCCACUGCACGUCUAGUGGGGGGGACGGACGAAGGAAACUCUCGUGUUGAUGAAGGUUCAUUGAGUGGAUUUGAUGGUAUCAGUGGGGAUCACAGAUAUUCUGGAGAAGACCGUGAAUUCAGCGGACAUAAUGCUUUCAGUGGAGUAAGUGGAUUUGACGAUAUCAGUGGAGAUCAGGGAUAUUUCGAUAAAGAACAUGGAUUCAGUGUACAUGAUGAUUUCAGUGGAGUAGGCGAAGACGAUGUGAGUGGGAACCAUGAAUAUUUGAAUAGUAGUGGUGGCGAUUCGAGCAAGCAUAGCAGUGAUUUAAUGGAAAAUGCUAAGGUGCUGAGAGACGAUGGUUCGGUUGAACAUCAUUUGAGUGAUGCCGACCUGAGUGGAAGUGAUAUUGGAGUGGGUGGAUAUGCAGAAAAUUCAGAUGAAAGUGGAAAAAACGGUAGAAAAAGUGAAGUAGGUUCCACGGAAGAAGGGGAUGGGCCAUAUAAGAUAAAUCAUGAUGUAACAAAGCCAAAAUUGUAUCAGGGAGAAGACAAAAACGGGAACAUGGCGAGAAAAAAGAUUGAUCUCAUUAAAGAUUUGGAAGAACUUGGAUCAGAUGGAGAUAAGAGCAGCGUGCAUAGUAAGCAAACCUCGAAGAAAGUUGUAAAAGUUCCUCGUGUCAUAGUGUCUGGUAUAAAGAAGGACCCGAACACCAAAAAAGGAAAAGAUAAAAGAAUGAAAUCUAGGAAAGUUCACUUUGAUUUAAAACAGUCUCGUAAAAUAAAGAACCAAUCAAGUUCCAAAGUAUCACGUAAAUUGCGACCGGAAAGCCAUGAUGUUAAAGCAAGUAAUGUCAGAGCUAAGUUAAAUCCCAAGAAAAGGAAAAAUUAUGGUAGGACAGAACUGUUAACCAACAAGAUGGUAAGGAAGGAAAGAAUUCAAGAUGGGCACAAGCGUUCGAAGAUGAAAUCAGUCAAUAGCACAGUGAAACACACCAAGCCUAGUGACCGAAAUUCGUCUGGGCGACUCAUGAAAACAAAAGACAACGUUGCAGACAUAGCUACUAAGCCGUUGCUCUUUCAUGGAGCACGGAAUGAGGGUAAUAAGCAUAAUAUAAUCAUCAAAAGGAACAAGGUUAACAGAAAUGCAGCAAACUCUACGGCGUCACAGAUUAUUCCUAAAGCAAUGUCUACGGGAAUAGUUCGCAAGGGUAAAUCAAUUAGCCGCCGUAGCAAAGGAAAAGCUAAGGUCAUUCGAACAGGAGACAAUGCGACUUCACAUAGACCAUCAACGAAGGGCUUGACUGUGAAUUAUCAAGCAAAACAGGUAAAACUUAAUGGCAAAGCCAGUCUGGAAAAAUCGAUGGGAAAGGGUUAUCAAGCAAUCAACCAAAAGAAACGGAAAUCUCUAGAGUUUGUGGGAUUCCAGGGAGGCCACCGCUUACAAAGCAAAGUUAAACCCUUGACAGAAAACAAUGAGAAGCCUACAACAUUGCGAAACAAAAAAGUGGGUCGCACGAAAACGAAAAGUAGGUUGUCAAAUGUCAACUACACAAUAAAGGACACUGGUGAUCUUAUGCAAUAUGCCCAUCGGAAAGUGUCCGUUAGGCAUAAAACAACGCUAAAAGUUAUAGCCGGGCGUAACGGCUCCAAUGUUGAAGGUAAAACGGCACAGAAAGUCAGUUCAUCGAUAAAAGUAAUGGCUCAUAAGAAAGUUGAUAAAAAGUACGGGACCAGUCCAAAGGACUCACUGCAAAACAACGUUCCGCGUUUUCAUCGAAAACCUCAUGUCGCACAUAAGAAGCAAAAUAGUAUGCAUGGACGGAGGGCGCCGAUAUUUCAUCUACCGACCACGACCUCAGAGAAAGGAAACCGUAUAAAGGACUCAAAAGGCAGUAUUCAUCAAGACCUUAUGUUGUCCUCUACUGAAGGGAGCUUAUCUUCUAAAGAAAACCGUUCAUUUGUCUCCCACAUUACAUUUUCGCCCCAUCAAUUCAUAAAUACUUUAAAAACAAAUACUUCCCACGUAAAUAUAUCGGCAAAGCAACGCAGCAACAGCAACGCCUCUGACGCCAAGGCUACGUUCGUGGGUCAUUUUGUGAACGAUAGUGGUGGUAGUAAUGGUAUCGAUUUUUCAGUUAAAUCCAGUGAAAAGCACCAUAAACUUAGCAGUAAGCACCGUUUAACUGUUGAUUUGGACGACUUAGGAGACGCUGAUUUUGAUAUAAUGAUGUCAAAUGAUAUUCCUCACAAGGACUUACCCAAGAAGUCGAAGGGAAAAGAUAAAAAACAUGCAAGUAAAAGCAACAAAAACCAUGAUAAUAGUAGAACAGAGAAAAAGAGGAAACACAACUCCCAUGGUAACGAUGAAGAUGAUGACGCUAAAGGAUCGUUCUACAAACAGAAAGACCAAAGUGAGGCAACGAGCAAAGGCAAACUCCAUCGACACCAUCAUCAUUCCCACAAGGAAAAGGAUAAAGAUGCCAACGAGGAAGAUGAAGAGGGAACCUCCAGAGAAGAAGAUGGUCACCGAAAUGCUGAGCGCAAAUCGCGUCAUCACCAUAGGCAUCAUGAUAAUGCCAAUACUGUGGAACGGAAAGACUACGAAGACGAGAAUCACCAUCAUAGUGCACAUAAGGGACAUCUGCAUCAUAAAAAGAAGGAAAGCAACGAAGAAGAUGGUGAGGAUAACAGGGAGGCUAGGAAGCAUAUAAAACACCACCAUGUUGAACGAGACGAAAGUGAUCGUUCAAGUGAUGAUCAAAAGAUGAAACAUCGACGCCACCAUAAGCAUAAGGAUCACGACCAUAUACCCAAAAUAAAAUAUGAUGACAAUCAUUGGCAGGGAAAAGUUAUUCCUGGACGAGUAAAAAUAACGUAUAGCAAAGACCAUGCCAAGAAGCGACAUUAUCACCGUCACAAGCAUAAAAUUCAAAACGAUGAUGACCGCUCUGAAACACGAGAAAAUCACCAUAACCGGAAAAAUUCCUUUAAGGCGCACGAAAUGGACAGCGAUAGCGACGAGGAUACUAAAAAUAGAAAACUGCAAAAACAUUUUAAGGAAAAAUCUAAUGACAAUCAUGAGGGUGAUGACGAUGACGAAAAUGAUAAAAAGCAAACAAGUCACAGAGGGAACACUCACAAGAAAAAAGAGGAAAGGGUAGAAGAGAAAACAGACGUAAAUUAUGAAGUGGUUAAAAAAGGUCGGCAUAGGGCAUCUCACGAUGAAGAUAAUGGCGAUGAUUCCGAUGAAUCUUCUGAAAACAAGCAAGAAGAAAAAGAGGAUGACAGUGAUGAGGUAGAAGACAACGACAAAGUUAAUGAGGAAGACAAAGAUAAUGCACAUGACCAUAGCGACGGUAGUGAAAGAAAGAAAAAUAAUAGAGUAGUUUUAGGGGACGAUUCCGAAGACGAGGACGAAGACGAAGCUAAUCAAACAGAGGAAAGUCAUGAUGCUGACGGACACUGGAAUAAGCACAACUACCAUGAACAAGAACAUGCUAGCAACGAGGAAGAGUAUCAUAAAAAUAGAAAUCGUAAGGAAUAUCACAAACUUCAUUUUUACCAUAAACAUUGGGAAUCUAGACACAAGCACCAUGAAUCUCAUUUUGAAUCUAAGGCAAGUGACGAUGAUAAUAGUGAUCAUUUUGGCGUUGAGGCGGAGAAUAACUUGAAACAUGAUAGACGAAAUUUCAGAAAAUCCAAGAUUUAUCACAGAGAGAGGAAGAAGGAAUGGAGGGAAUAUCAUGAAGCAGAAGGUGAAAAUGAAGAAACUAAUAAUGAUAACCAUGAAAGACAAUUUCAAAGGAGUCAUAAACAGUACCAUUAUCAUCAUAAACGCCCGGAAUGGAAAAAUGACAAGACGACAGAAGAGUAUAGGGAACAUAACGAGCAUAAGGAAGCAUAUGAACGGGAUCCUUUAAGGAAUAACGAAGACGAUAAUGGAAGAAACCUGGAACAUAUCGAUGAACAUAUCCCUGAUUAUCAAAAAGAGCGUGAGGAAAUAGAAGAGAUUCCCUCUCGUGAUAGAAUUGAGGAACGCAGACCAAAUGAUGAAUCUGGAGAAGAGAAACACAAAAAGCAUCAUCACGAAAAGUUUCAUCACUUUCCUGAAGACGAUAGCGUUGCGUGGAAAAAUAAAGAAGAUUUUGAAGGGAAUAAGUAUGAAAAUGGAGAUGUUCCAUACAGACAUGAACAAGCGCACAACCACCGGCUGAUAGAUGAAGAUGAGAAACCGUACGAGGAUAACAGAGACCACGAGAUGCACUAUGAUCAUGGUUCCAAACACAAGCCGAGGCACUGGAAGAAGUGGCACCGGAAGAACCACCAUCACUUCUAUGAGAAAGACCAACACGAUUUUGAGGGUACUGGGGGCCCGUUUGAUUCUUCGGCGUCGAUGCGCGUUUACAAUGCUAAUAAUGAUGAUGACGAUCAAUAUUAUGGUGGUGAAGGUAAUCAGGAAUACCAGGGACGUAAUCAUUAUAAGCACAAACAUCGUAAGCAUAGGCAAAGCUAUGAAUUUUGGGGUAAUGGAAAUCAAAACCCCUACUAUUAUAAUUACAACUAUCACAAUUCUAGAGCUCCAUAUGGAUACUAUAAGCCAAGGUCUAAAUUUCGUUCAUAUUCUGAAUGGCGUAGAGAGCACCACGGUAACUAUGAUAGAUGGAGACCGAAACCUUCUAGAUGGUACCCGCAUAACGAGCACUGGAAUAGAAAAUCGUCUUGGCCAGCAUCUCAAGAUAACAAACCUGUAGACUUCCAGUGGAAUAAAUUUUACUACAACAAUGGCAUGCCACCGAUACCUACCCCUUAUCCUGAAGAUCCAUCAAACCGUUGGCAACCAACAAAUCCACAGUGGAAGCCACCCGAUCAGACGCAAAACAGCUUUGGGAAAAAUAACUGGUCCUCAGAUCAAUAUCCUAGUCAAGGACACGCAGGGCGCGAGGAUCAAAACCAAAAACAAUACAAUGACUGGAGUAAAAAUGGGCCCCCUCCUCACUUAAAACAGGGUGGUUACGGACCACAGAGAAACCCAUCCGCACCUGGGUUGCAGCGGUGGAGAAAUAUCAAUGCAACCAAGCAGGAUGGUGGACAACAAUCAACAGGAGUUCAAUCACAAUAUAUUCCUCCUGCUCAACAAAACUUCAAUAAAGUUUUUAAUCAGACUAAGUUUCACCCUACAAAUCGCCCGAAAUACCCAGCUGGUUCUUCAUCGCAAGUUUCAGGCCCAACAAAUAUCAACCAGAUCAAAAAAAUUAUGGAUAAGUUGAACACUCCUCCAUCAACUUCCGGCCUUCGACCAAGCAAAGUUGCUCCCACUGUCAAACAAGACAUAUUGCACAAUGCGACUACCAACAAAGAUGGAGUUCCCAAGACAAACUUGACCACCACGGAUCAAUUGAAAGAUAGAAACCGCCUGGAUGGAUUUUUCAACGAAGAAAAAAAUGGAAAGAAAAAGUCAGAGAUCUUACGGCCUGCGAAUAGGAGCGAGGAUCGACAAGCUGAAAAAAAUACAAGUUCUCAAGGAAACACCUCGCAGCAUGCCAGUCUAACGCCGCAAACAACCAAUACCCCACCCAAACCUCCUUCCAACCAAGUCACAAAUAAAACGACAGGAGAUCGUACCAAUCCACAACAGGCGGCUGGAAAUCGAACCAACAAGCCUACAGCGCCCACACUAAAGAGCUCCACAACUACUGCCAAGCCAACCACUCAGACAACCACUGAACACACUCCAGCAGCAGCACCAAACUUUGGAGACGUCUCUCAAUCCGAUGAUUCUUCAGAAACAGGAAAGAAACAUCGGAAACACCGGGCUCCUAUUUGCAUGGCGGGUAAGACAACAGACGACGUCACUUUACUGCGAGGGAAAAAGGCGGGAAACUUUACCAACAUUGGCGACGUGGGCGACUUCGAGAUGUGUAUCAAGAGGUGCUGUCAGACGAAGACAUGCGACCUGGCUUUUAAGUCUGCAGAGACUUGCUUUCUCGUAAACUGCUUUGAUAAAGAUUCGUGCAAGACCACCGAGUCCCUGGAUGAUAUAUUCAGUCCUCGGAUGUGUUUUGUGAAAAGGCAUUUAAGUGACGAAGAAAAAGACGAUCAAGAUCAAGAUGGGAACGAUGAAUGGGACGACAAAGUCUCUCCUUCAGGAAUUCGCGAAGUCUGUGAUAUGGAAAAGGCUCUUGGAAUAUUGUGGAAGAAAACGAUUGCUGGGCGUUUCUCUGCCCAUCCAUGCCCACGCGGCGCAAAAGGUUUUGUAAGACGGCGUUGCGAAGCUGAUUCAAGAUGGAUGCCGCCUGACUUCAGUGAUUGUGUGUCCAAUGGCUAUCAAGAUCUCUAUGACAAGUCUAGAAAGCUUGCCGCUGGAGCUGACCCCAGCCCACUCAUACGGGAACUGUCACAGCUGACAACCCAGAACAUCGACAAUUCCUUGAUAUUCGGAGGAGACCUAAACCGAGCUACAGAUAUUAUGGCCGCUAUAGUACAGCAUAACGGACAAACUGAAUUCUUAGAGAUGACCAAAGAGGAUGUAGAGAAUUUUGUAAGAGCCAGCAGUAAUCUCCUGGAUAUGACAAAUCAGCAGGAAUGGUUCAAUAUCCAAAAGAAUAAACCGGGGUCAGCGGAUGUUCUGCGAGCCAUGGAAAUGUUUGCACUUCAAGCGGCACGACGUCUUUCCCGAGAAGAUAUGGCGGAACCUACCAUCACUAACAAUAUCGUUAUUAAGAUGGACAGAAAGUCUGCAGGGGAUGAUGGUCUUACUUUCCCAGACUUUGCUAAUCCAAGAGUCAAUCGCUGGGAUGCGAGACAUGACGUCAUUGCCCUUCCGUCCUCUGUGUUUGCCCAAACUACAAAAGAUGUGAGUGUUGCUACAAUCAGUUUUAAAAGUUUGCCUUACUUGCUUCCCGAUUCCAACGUCAGUACUGGUCUUGGUCCAAAUUCCAAAGUGAUGUCAACGGUACUGCACCCCCACCCCCAAGGGAAGAUUACCCCACCCGUUACUAUAGUACUUAGUCACAUCAAGCGAAAGCGUGGAAAUCCUAAAUGUGUAUUUUGGGAUUACGCACUGAGUCCCCACAGAGGCGGGGCGUGGUCAUCACGUGGCUGCUGGCUAGCAUACAAUAACCACACCCACUCAAUUUGUCAAUGUAGUCAUCUGUCAAACUUUGCCGUUUUAAUGGAUCUCUCAUCGGACGAGGUCUCACAAAAGGAACAGAAAAGAGAGAGGACAAUGGCUUUGAUGUGGAUUGGUAUUCCUGUGCUUAUCGUGGGAGUGAUUGGUGGCCUGUACAUGUCCUUUAGCUGGAAUCGAAAAUCAGGAAUGUCCAGUAGUGUGACGAGGCCUCCCGNUUCAGUGAACGAAAAAACUGGUUUGCUUGGACAGAGAGUGGUUACAAGUCAAGUGCGAGAAGAGUUUCCGCCAUCACCCACACGUGACCUUUAUCGCGCUCUGUCUCCUGGGUACUCACCGACUGGCGAUCUUGAAUGGCAAGACGAGUUCGAUUUUGAGGUGGAGCCUGGUGACCAGGGAUUCAAACAAAUGCUUCUGCCCAAGUUACAGAUGUUGCAGAAUCAUCUGAUUAAUGAAUUCUACGACAGCGAGAAGAUGGAGACGAAAAGGAAAAAACUCUUGGAGACCACGAUCAAACAAAAGCCCCAGAUUACAAUUAUCAGCCCAGUACAACCGCCUUCAGAUCAGUCAAAUCACAGCCAAAAUGCGAAGUCACAGAGUAUGGCUAUCGGCCCAGUACAAUGCGAACGGACACCCACCAGACAGACGAUUCAACCAAAAUCUCAGAUUACGACUGACCACGUGAGGAGGUCACAGACUUUCGAGACAACCCGCAGACAAUCGGAGCAUCUCGCUAGAAAACUUCGAGUAAGAUUUGCGGAUGAAAGUCCACCAGGACGAAAUCUCACUGAUGAAGAUAAAGAGCGUUUUAAAAGGCUUCAAAAAAUGGAAAGAAGAGUCUUCGCGCAGCAUAUCAGUAGAUGGACAGCCAGUAGCCAUCUCAACUUGUCAGAGUAGACUUUUUUAAAAUAAUCUUUGUAAAUACAUUUAUAAAUCGCAUACUUAGUUAUCGAUGGCAAACAUUUCCAUUACGUUGUUUUAUACCCGCUCACUCGUUCACAGUCCUUAAGAGCGUUCUUAUAGAAGAUAGCAAUUUUAAGUUGAUUAUUUCCAUGUUGAUUUCACAAGUCGUUUGAAAAGAGGAACUUUGGUGUCACGUGGCAGUGUAUAGGUAUCAAUAACAUCCGUCCUCAUACCGCGGUCUGUUUGGCGUGCGAGCAAGCUCUCGUAUUUGCGUUUUGCUUUAUGGCACAGCCGGCUAUUUAGUCCUCCGCAGCUGCCUAAAGAAACGUAAUGAACCUUCUCUAAGCAGCUAAUCAAAUUUAUUGAAAAAAACGUUGUUUGCAAUCUAAAAGAGUGAAGAUCGUAUGGAAUUGGCUUAGUAUGAUAACAUGACAACAACCCACAUGGUUACGAUACGUGUAAAAUACAUAUACUACACUUUUGAUACAUUGAAAGGAAUAUGCAAAGUGCAAAUGAAAUUCAACUUCCUCCAGUCUCUCGGAAGACUUGUGUAAAGGAUGAGAAUAUUUAUAUAUUUUCCAAGAAAUAACAGAUAGGAGUGGUGUAAUUUAUGACUACAAAUAUUUUUGUACAUUUCAUUUUUUACAGAUUGUGUUAGGAUAUUAUUAAACAUAUCAAAACGGGUUCGACUA